CGGCGGGCGGCGGGCGGGCGGGCGGCCCCGCGCCAUGGCCGAGACGAAGAUCAUCUACCACAUGGACGAGGAGGAGACGCCGUACCUGGUCAAGCUGCCCGUGGCGCCCGCGCGCGUCACGCUGGCCGACUUCAAGGGCGUGCUGGGCAGCCGGCCGGCGCACGCCUACAAAUUCUUCUUCAAGUCCAUGGACCAGGACUUCGGGGUGGUGAAGGAGGAGAUCUCUGAUGACAAUGCCCGGCUGCCCUGUUUCAACGGCCGAGUGGUAUCCUGGUUGGUCCUCGCUGAGGGUGCCCACUCGGACACAGGGUCUCAGGGCACCGAUGGCCACACGGACCUGCCCACACCCUUGGAGCGAAUGGCUGGCAUUGGGGACUCCCGGCCCCCCUCUUUCCACCCGAACGUGGCCAGCAGUCGCGAUGGCAUGGACGAGACUGGCACCGAGUCCCUGGGGGGCCACCGGCGGGAGCGGCCUCGGCGUCGGAACCGAGAUGAAGCGGCUCGGGCCAAUGGGCACCCGCGGGGCGACAGGCGGCGGGAUGUGGGGCUGCCCCCCAACACCGCCUCCACCGUGCUGAGCAGUGAGCUGGAGUCCAGCAGCAUGGUUGAUUCGGACGGUGACGACACCAGCCGGCUGAGCAGCUCCACGGCCCAUAGCACUUCCUCGAGGCUCAUCCGGAAGCACAAGCGCCGGCGGCGGAAGCAGCGACUGCGGCAGGCGGACCGGGCAUCCUCCUUCAGUAGCAUCACCGACUCCACCAUGUCCUUGAACAUCGUCACCGUCACGCUCAGCAUGGAACGGCACCACUUCCUGGGCAUCAGCAUUGUGGGCCAGAGCAAUGACCGCGGGGAUGGUGGCAUCUACAUUGGCUCCAUUAUGAAGGGUGGCGCCGUGGCAGCUGACGGCCGCAUUGAACCUGGAGACAUGCUGCUGCAGGUGAAUGAAGUCAACUUUGAGAACAUGAGCAACGACGACGCUGUGCGAGUGCUGCGGGAGAUGGUGUCCCAGACGGGGCCCAUCACCCUCACAGUGGCCAAAUGCUGGGACCCCACCCCACGGAGCUACUUCACCAUCCCGAGGGCUGACCCUGUGCGGCCCAUCGACCCUGCGGCCUGGCUGUCGCACACGGCGGUACUAAGUGGAGCCCUGCCGCGCUAUGGUACGAGCCUGUGCUCCAGCGCCGUCACGCGCUCCAGCUCCUCCUCACUAACCAGCUCUGUGCCUGGCGGCCCACAGCUGGAGGACGCACCGCUGACGGUGAAGAGUGACAUGGGCGCCGUGGUCCGCGUCAUGCAGCUGCCGGACUCGGGCCUGGAGAUCCGCGACCGAAUGUGGCUCAAAAUCACCAUCGCCAACGCGGUCAUCGGCGCCGAUGUGGUGGACUGGCUAUACGCACACGUGGAUGGCUUCAAGGAGCGGCGCGAGGCCCGCAAGUACGCCAGCAGCAUGCUGAAGCGUGGCUUCCUGCGACACACCGUCAACAAGAUCACCUUCUCUGAGCAGUGCUACUACGUGUUUGGGGGGCUGUGCGGCAAUCUGGCUGCCCUGAACCUCAACAGCGGCUCCAGUGGGGCCUCGGAUCAGGACCCAGGAGCCUCAUUGCCCCAUCCCAGUGCCCCCUGGUCCCUGGGACAGGGCUACCCCUACCAGUACCCAGGGCCCCCCCCCUGCUUCCCACCCGCCUACCAGGACCCUGGCUUCAGCUACGGCAGUGGCAGUGCUGGGAGUCAGCAGAGUGAAGGCAGCCGGAGCAGCGGGUCUGCACGCAGCAGCGGAAGCAGCCGACGAGCCCCAGGCCGAGAGGAGCAGCGGGCGGCUGGCACAGGAGGCAGCGGUGGCGAGUCGGACCACACGGCGCCUAGCAGGCUGGGUAGCAGCAGCUGGCGCGAGCGUCCUGCCAGCCAGCUCAGCCAUGCCUCAGCCACUGCCCCUGGGCUCCCCCCGCUGUACCCCCAAAGCAAGUCACCCGUGGUAGGACCCCCUGGCGGCCCGCCUGUGCGAGAACUGGCCGCGGUGCCCCCAGAGCUGACAGGCAGCCGGCAGUCGUUCCAGAAGGCCAUGGGGAACCCCUGUGAGUUUUUUGUGGACAUCAUGUGAGGGUGUGCUGGCCCAGGGUGCUGAGGGCAGCAGAACCCCUUUACCAGGGUCCUCACGCACAUGAGCUCUGGACUGAGCGAGCCGCUAGGCAGCUGGGCUGGGCACCAGAUGCCCAGGACAGGGGUUUAAUUUAUUUAUUUAUUGCCUGGCCUGUGUGCUUUGGGGUGGGAAUUGUGCCAGGGCCCCUCCACACCCCAGCUGGC